CUUUUUAGGUGAGGUUGGGAGAAGAUGAUGCAGGGUCUCUUUACUCUGAGGCUGUUUGCUGCUCUGCCAGGGCUCCUAUGGGCAUCGCCUCUGUUAGUAGAAUGGGACAAUGAUGCCUCCAAGAUCUGCAAGCCGGCACCGCGCUGGGAGAUCAAGGGCCAUGGGACCCCCAUGAAGGGGCCGCUUGGAAAUGUAGUCGUUCUGGCUCUACUGAAAGCCAGCUGACACUUCUGCCUCACACAGGCCUCCAAACUAGAAGGCCUGCAUGACAAGCUGCUCCGCAGCAACCUGACAGACAUGUCUUUCCUCAUUGUGAAUGAGUGGGAGGUCCAGUCCGAAGCCAUGUACUGGGAACGGAAGAGGAGGGCCCCCCCGGGUAUCCCUGUCUACCUACAGGAUGACGUCUGGGAGGCCCUAUAUGAAAACAUGGACGACUUCCUGGUAUAUGACAGGUAAGAAGGGAAUGAAACACUGCCACUACAUCGCUCUCCAACCAAGGUGCAGGGAUUGAGGAGCAAAAACCCUGAUGAAGGCUUAGGGCCGAAAUGCCUUGGUUUUACUUCAAACAAUAAAGAAGCACUUUUAUCAACUUCCACUGUCCUCCAAGAGUUGCUGAAUAACCUCUUCACUUCAAUACGACAGGUAAGAGCCAUCACAGAGGGGUCCUUCUGUGGGACAGCCCAAGUCCAUAUUAUUUCUCAGAAUUAUAAAUGUUCCAUGAAUAAGGAAUGGGAUUGUAUUGAUUGAAGGCAACAUGUCAGCACUAAUCUAAAGCUUACCACUGCUCUUUGACUUUAAUGGUAUGAAGUAUCUGUCAGGUUUAAAUUAGAUAUUUUCUAUCUACAGAGAUCUUUGUAAUUGGUGUGACACCUUAUUCAUGUGGCCAUGGAUCUCUCUCUUCUCGCUGACAGAUGUGGGAGACUGACGUGCCACAUAGUUCUGCCCUACAGCUUCCUCCACUACCCUAUAUAGAUGCAGCUGUCAGAGCCACUUACCACAAGGACAUCUAUGGCAACUGCACCAUGAGUGAAAGCACACUUCUAAAGGGAAUGACAGACAUUUCAUUUCUGUUUGGCUCGUCAUUAGAAAACACUACUGUCUGCUGUAGUGCCCCAUUGGAAUAGAAUGUCUAGAACAGGAACACACCCUACCUAUAAUGGGAACUGAUUCUGAAUAAUAAUGAGAUCGCUCUGUGGCUCUCCCAGGUGAUGUCUUUUUAGCUCGUACCUAUUUUGUUAACUUUAGUGCGUUCUACUGUUAUGCAGGAAUCCAAAUGGAGUUACUCAGCUGGGUGGAAUAGCAGACAGCGAAACGAGUCUCUGAGCAGCGCAGGAAUGGCUGUUAACGAGACAGACAGUACAGUGGCAGAUUGAAGCAACCCAGUUCCAGAUGUUGUCUGAGGGGGGGUGGUAACAUGCCAAACAUACAUCAGCAGCAGCAGCACCACCACAACCAUGGGUCAGACAGAUAAACAGGACUCCAAUUA